AUGAAGAAUGACACCGUCAACACGGGUCUACAGACGGUCCUUCCAAGACCCUGCUGUUCUUCCGCAUCUCCCCAGGAGCGGAACGCCUCACCGACCCUGGUCCCUUUCUAUGGCCUUGCCUUCAUUCAGCAGCCUCGGUCAUGGUGUCGAGCUGCUGAAGUCCCACCCCGAACUCUUACACUCGGAGAAGAACUUGACUUUUUGGUGAAGCUCAGCGAAUCAUGCGGAAGCGCCUACUGUGGACAAGAGACUCGGAAGGGCAGUGAUAAACUUGAACUCGCCCUUCUUUCUCACGCGUGGGACGGAGCCCUGGACGGUGGGCACGGCCCUCCUGGGACCCCAGGCGGGACCUCUUUUCUUAAAAAUCCCAGCCCAAAACCUUCUGCGUCCAAGAAGGAAGAGUCAGAGGGACCGUCGUGGGCCCUGCGUUCACUCUGGGGAAAUCAAGGUGGAAGGGGACAGCAGCAAAAGCAGCCCACCAGCACCCACCACGGCAACCAGGAGGAGCCCGACCAGGGUCCAUCCAGAGACAGGCUGGACAACAUGGCCGUCAAAACAGACAGGCAGACAGAAACUCAGAGAGCUGAUGGAAACCAAGUAAGCAAAGCCAGGAGAGCGAAGACGGGCAAGGGGAGUCUUCAGAGUCAGGUGCCACCAUGGAAGCGGCAGGAACCUCACAGAAUCCACAGGGUUGUGGCCAGGAGAUUAGAGAAGACCUCGGAAGUGAAGAGGAAGAGAAUACAGAAUAGAACUCCAACGACGAGAGAAGACGACAGACGUGGAAGACAGAGGGCGCCACACGCACCCACCCAGGGGGAACCUGAGAGAAGAACAGAACAGAGAACAGAGAUAAACACUCAGAAGGCGUCAAGGAAACGCUGGUGAGACAAAGUCUUGAACUCUAUGUUGAAUGGGUGCAGGAAAAAUUAUGUAUUUUUAAGGACUAUCUUGCUGAAGAUCUUUAUAAAAGGAAAAACAGCUUAGUGAGGUGGCGCAUGCCUGUAAUCCCAGCAG